AUGCACAUCGAGACCCUGGACGCCGUGCACAGGGAGAGCAAGAGGCUSCCUCCCAUCCAGAAGCCAAAGCUGCUGCGCCCCACGCUGCUGCUGGGAGAGGAGUGUGUGAUGGAGGGGCUCCGCGUGUACCUGAUGCCCGACGGGCGCGAGGAGGGGGCCGGGGGCAGCAUCUUCCGGAAGCACCUGCACAAGCUGCGCUACCCCCAGCACGUGCGCGGCACCUUCGCCUUCACCGUGGGCCAGUCCCCCAAACAGGCCAUGCAGCCCAAGGCCAAGGAGAAGAACCCCUCCCUCAGGACGCUGUCCAAGAACCUGGUGAAGAACGCCAAGCGCACCAUCGGCCGGCAGUACGUGACCCGCAAGAAGUACACACCCCCGGCCUGGGAGCAGCGCGGCAGCCAGAACUUCCCCGAGGACAACGAGGACGAGAUCUCAGUGUCCGAGGAGCUGGACAGGAGCACGCUGACCCCCAGCAGCACCAUGAGGCCRUCGGAGAAGAUGACCAUGACGCACGUGGUGGAGCGGGCGUGCUGCCGCGACUACCAACGCCUGGGGUUGGGCACGCUGAGCAGCAGCCUGACCCGCUCCAAGAACGAGCCCUUCCGCAUCUCCACCGUCAACCGCAUGUACGCCAUCUGCCGCAGCUACCCCGGGCUGCUGAUUGUUCCUCAGAGCAUCCAGGACAACACCAUCCAGCGCAUCUCRCGCUGUUACCGCCAGUGCCGCUUCCCGGUGGUGUGCUGGCGCAACGCCCGCACCAAAGCCGUGCUGCUGCGCUCCGGGGGUCUCCAUGGAAAGGGCGUCGUCGGCCUCUUCAAGUCCCAGAACGCCCCCACCCCAGGUGACAGCGCUGUCCCCACGUCCGGAGCGCGGGGAUGGGGCUGGGGGACCGCCCCUGGCUGGGGGAGUGACGCUCACGGGGUCACCGGGCUCGGGGUGGUGACAUUUGGGGGCUCUGGAUCGGGGUGGUGA